AUGUUGCGACAACUAUUCGACAAACUUGAGAACCGAUCGCGGCCCUUACUGGGACCAAAUUACAAGGCACUCACAUUUUGGGGGCUAAUCUUACCCCAAAAUGUUUUCAAGAGGAUCUUUUACAUUUCAAUGCAUCUAUUAGUUACAAUUUUCACAGCCACAGAAUACGUCGAUAUCUGGUUUGUCAAAGACGAUAUGAAUUUGCUUUUAAACAACGUUAAAAUAACCCUUUUGGCAACGGUGAGUGUAGCUAAGGUUUCCACUUUCCUGGCAUGGCAGAAGCAGUGGAAAAGCGUCAUAGAUUAUGUUAAUAGAUCCGACUUGGCUCAGAGAGGCACUGCAGAUUCUGCUAAGAAUGACAUAAUAAAAAAAUAUACUAAAUACUGCCGAAAAAUUACUUAUCUCUACUGGUCAUUGAUGUACACGACUGUGGUAAUCGUAAUCGGUCAGCCAUUAGUGAAGUUUAUAUCGUCACCAACAUAUAGAGACAACGUUAGGAACGGAACGGAGAGUUAUAUCGAAGUAGUAAGUUCUUGGGUGCCGUUUAACAAGAACACAAUCUACGGACAUAUAGCUGCCUCUUUCUAUCAAAGCUAUGGCGCCAUCUAUGGAGGGGGGUGGAUAACAUCAUUCGAUACUAACGCAAUAGUAAUAAUGGUGUUUUUCAAAGCGGAAUUGGAAAUGUUGAGGCUGGAUUGCGGAAAUAUAUUUGGGAAAGAUAAGAAGGUUGAUGUUUCAGUCGCGAGAGACAGGUUGAAGAAUUGUCAUCGGCGGCAUGUGGAUUUGAUUGCUAAUGCGAAGCUUUUCGAUUCCUGUCUAUCGCCAAUAAUGCUGUUGUAUAUGUUUGUUUGCUCUGUAAUGCUAUGUGCUACAGCUUAUCAAAUCACGGCUCAAACCAAUCCCAUGCAACAGUUUCUUAUCGCUGAAUUUCUUAUUUUCGGUAUUGCGCAGUUGUUUAUGUACUGUUGGCAUAGUAACGACGUCUACUACGCGAGUAGGGAUCUUAUGCUAGGCCCAUACGAGAGCGAAUGGUGGUCUCAAGCAACAUCUGAGCAGAAAGACAUCAGCAUCCUUAUAGAUCAGAUGAACAAAACUAUUGUAUUUACAGCGGGGCCUUUCAACGAUCUAACUGUAGCUACAUUUAUUAACGUAAAUAUCCAUUUAUAA